AUGGAGAAGACUAAUAAAACAAGCAACCAACGCAAAGAAGUCAACUUCGAGAACUACUUUGUACAAAAGGUUCCAGGACUGUACAUCGCCCUUGAUUCCAGUAACGACAGUGGUCAAACUUCCGUAGUCAGGCAUGACAAGAAUGACAACAACAUGUACCCGGUAUGGGACUCUACAUGGAAACGGGCGCCAGAAACUCUUCCCAUGCUGGAAGACCAGGCCGUUUUCACCACCGGCGGUCCCCACCAUAUCUUUGCUGUACCUACAAAGCUGGAGGAGACGGUUACCGUGCAUUAUAGCCCACUCGAGGGCCAGCAGACUACUAUUUACAUACACCCCUCAAACAGUGUCGAGCAACGCAUCCCGCGAUAUAUGAGGACGCUCGAUGCGGCGGACGUCUCGCCGGAGGAUCUUGCGAAGCCGAUUCCGCCAUAUGACCCUAAAUCAGGCGGAGGGGCGGACGUACGCCAGAAGAAGCUCGGUGUAACGGUGCAGUCUGCUUCAGAGUACGAGGGAGGUGACGGUGAGGAUGAAGCACACCCAGUUGACGAAGGAAGUGGAGAGGAAGACGAUGGCAACGCAGCGAUCGCUUCCGUGCCCGCUAUGGCUGCGUCUGUAGGUACAAACAACUCGCUCUACCUCCACGCUCACGAGCACCGUACGAGCUACGCAACCCUCACCCUCAACGAACAGACCAGGACGCUAGUCAUCAACCCGAUAAAAGCCAGAACAAACCUUAAAGUCAUCAAUCUCAGAGGCGUGGGCGGCCAAACACCCAUCACCAUCCAAUGCUACCCCUUCCAAGAAGGUCGCACUCUCCGCUUUGUCGACUGUGGCUGGGACACCAUGAUCGAGAGAAAGUUUGUCGGAUACAAGGAGUGCCAUGUUCAUCUUCCGCCGGAUAAGUGGCAUGCGGGUUUCCAGCAUGGGGUUUUGGGCGGUAGGGACAGGACGGCGUAUGGCCCGCAUGAUGCACGGCAUGCGGAACAUAAUGCUGGUGAUUUUGCACGGUUUAUGGAUGCGUUGGAGAGGAUUGUGGGAGUAGGGAAUGUGGAGAGGUGUAGGAAGUUGGAAAAUGGUGAGGUUGUGGAUGAAGAUGCGGAAGAGAUUUACCCUAUCAGUAUGGAGAACCCUGAACAAAACACUAUGGAGCACGAGAACGCCGAGCAUCGGACCGCCGAGCAUAUUACCGCCGAACGUCAGACCACCGAAUCGGAUACCACUCAAGAUGCCAAAACAAAGGGCCCAGAAGAAGGCGCCAAAGAUGAGUACUGGCUACAUGACAACAUCGCCGGGCUCUACAUCACGAUGAACCCUGCAAACGUCCACGGCCGCACCACAGUGAUCAGACAUGCCGGUACCGAGGACUUCUUAGUGUGGGACUCUUCAUGGGACCACACCCAGCCAUUCGCCGAAAUGACAGUGGAGGUAGCCCGCAACGCGGCUCAUUCUGCCCUGGGCGUUGUAACCGAUUACGAGAAGCUGAGUCAACCGAUUACAGUCUAUCAUGCCCCGGUCAAGGGUAUACCUAGCAUCAUGCGAUCCGAGCCUAAAAGCGCGCGUCUUGGGUUUGUUCAGGAGUACGCGAAGGCACACGAUCCAGCGCGGGUGACUGAAGAGGACUUCAAGAGGCCUAUUCCGGCAGCCAGAAUGGGCGACAACGUUAAGCCGAUAGUCACUGGCGACUCAGUGUCCGGCAGCAUCGGUGUUGCAGCUUCAGGUUUGGAUGACUCGUUAUUCCUUUAUGUUCACGAGCACCAUGCAAGCUGGGUCACUCUGAUCCUCGACUUACAAGACCCGAGCGCACCUAAGAUGCAGCUAGGCAAGAACAGAUCCGUCGAUCUUCGGCAGCAAGACGAUACCGAUGAGCCCUUUCAUAUCGAAUACUACGCCUUCAAACACGGAUAUACCCUGCGUCUCAACAACUGCGGCCAUACUACACAGAUCAGAGGCGGCCCCAUAGAAGGGAAAAUAUUCAAAGGUAAGAGCACGAAGAGCAGCAGAACAACAAUCAAGUGGAAGGAGUUUCACCUGCAUCUACCCUUUGAUCGUUGGCAUGCUCCGUGCAAGCACGACACGUGGAAAGGAAAGUACAAUGGUAGGGCGCAGGGUAUGCACAACGAGGACUAUGCGAAACACAAUGUCGUCAUGUUUCCGAGGUUUAUGGAUAAGCUGGAGGAGAUUAUCGGGGAAGGACGUAUAUGGAUGAGCACGCAGAGUGACGGAGAGUUUGAUGACAUAGACGCAGAAGACAGGGAGGAAAUUGACGAGGAAGGUGAGGGGAGCGGUGAGGAGGAUGAUGGUGGGGAAGCUGCUUUGGAAGGUGGCGAUGGAGGUAGUGAGUAG